CAAAUUAAUGUUGGCUUUUAUCUAUAUAUUAGGCAGGAAGCAACCUCACACAGGAAGGUGAAGGCGGCUCUGGUUGGAGUUGAACCCCGAUCGAGAAAGAGAGUCCAAAACUAAAUUAACGCGAUGGCUAAACUCACAAUCGCUGCUGUGAUUUUGGUUCUGGCCGCCACGAUGAGCCUAACGGAGGCGCAGAACAUACCGUCAUGCGCCUCAAGUCUGACUCCCUGUGCUAGUUACCUUAACACCAACACCACACCGGGAACCGACUGCUGCAAUGCCAUCAAAGAUGCCGUGGCGAACCAGCUUACCUGUCUCUGUAACCUCUACAACGAUCCUGAGGUGCUUAAGCUCUUCAACAUCUCCCUCCCCGCCGCUCUCCAGCUAAGCCGCAACUGCGGCGUCAAUAACAGUCUCAGCGGCUGCGCCAACGCUCUGUCUCCAACUGGUUCUGUGCCGCCACCUCCUGGGCAAGCUGGAAGCGAUGGAGCUGCUGACAGGAUAGUGUGGACUGGAGUUACUAGCUUGCUAUUGUUUUUGGCCUUUGCAGUGCUAUUUUAAGAUGAUAUAUACAUUAGAGUAAUGUAAUGCCAGAGACGAUUCUUACACACGGCAUGUAGUUGUACUUGGAGAUUUUGUUGUUUUCAUUGCUUGUUUUUCCAUGUCAUUUAUGCUAUAUUCGAUCAUCAUCUAUUGUAUGAAUCAGAUUAUUUAUUAAAAUAACAUUAUCAUUGUGAU